GUGAGAGAGAGAGAGAGGUGCUGGUCAGACUCCUCCUCCUCCUCCUCCUCCACUCUUCUGUCCUUAAUCCUCGUUCCCCUCUUCCUUUUCUUCUUAUCUCGCCAUUCGUACGCCACAGAAGAGGAAGAAUAAGAAUAAGAAGAGAGAAAGUAGCGAAUUGAAGAAGAGAAGAUAGAUAAAAAAAACGUUACAGAGGAAUACUUAAGAAGAUUCGUGGAAGUGAAGAAGAAAUUGUGAAGAGAGAAAAGGAAGAAAUAAGGAAGAAGGAGGAAAAGGCAAAGAAGAUAACACACAGAGGAAGUGAAGAAGAAAGAAAGUACUUAACAAACCAGAGAAAAGAGUAAAAAAAGAGGGGUUUGCAAGAGAGAAGCAUAAAGGAACAGAAAAGAAAGGGAAGGGAUUAAAGGAAACGGGAAGAUAAGGAAAGAUAAAGGAAGAGAAAAGGAAAAAGAAAGGAAGACAAAGUAGAAGCUAAAGAAGACAGAUAAAGGAAGACAGAAAAGGAAGACAGAAAAGGAAGACAAGGAGUAAAGGCCACAAGAAAAGGUCGAGGCACGAAGGUCGGGAGCAGGAUGGAGCCAUGAGUGAUCCGUUCCAGCAGUCGGGCUUUGGACUCUACGACAAACUCUACGGACCCCUCGAGGCCAACAAGCUAGAAGGCGAGGUCGGUAGCACUCCCCCGGAGGCCUCGUCGGCGCCCCCAGGCAGCGCGGACGCCAAGGCCAGAAGGGUGGGGAGCAAGGGUAGCGGAAUCCUGGGGCGUAUGGGGGGAGAAGCCUCGCCCUUCGCCAUGGAUAACAGAGACCCCAACAACCUCAACCCGCACAUCCAGGUGCUGUGGGAUGACAUCAUUGGAGAACCUGAGGGCCUGAGGACACCGGAUGGAUGCUGGAACUGCUCCCAAUCCUGCUACGACGGGACAAGACGCUGCUGCUACGUGUUCCUGGUGGUUCUUCUCGCUCCCUUCAUCGCCUUCUGCAACGGUUGCCAGUUCGCUUGCCUCGCCUUCAACCAAGUGUGGUGCGCGGGCCCGUGUCUGCGGUGCGUCAAGAUCAACUGGGCCACCCUCAAGAAGUUCUGGGAGGCUUGUCUCUUCGCUAUCUGCAGCCCCAUGGCCGAGGUGUGUGGGAUGUACUUCUCCAAGAUCUACGUCCGAUACCAACGGGUCCCGGACGGUAAUCCACCCGACUCGUCCAACUACUUCAACGUGUGAACGCGUGGUGAUGGUGGUGGUGAUGAAGGUGGUGGUGUAGAAGGUGCUGUUAGUGUUGGUAGUGGUGGUGAAGUGUGGUAUGAGGUUCCGUUGGUUUAAGAGAAGUGUGGUAUGAGGUUCCGUUGGUUUAAGAGAAGUGUGGUAUGAGGUUCCGUUGGUUUAAGAGAAGUGUGGUAUGAGGUUCCGUUGGUUUAAGAGAAGUGUGGUAUGAGGUUCCGUUGGUUUAAGAGAAGUGUGGUAUGAGGUUCCGUUGGUUUAAGAGAAGUGUGGUAUGAGGUUCCGUUGGUUUAAGAGAAGUGUGGUAUGAGGUUCCGUUGGUUUAAGAGAAGUGUGGUAUGAGGCUCCGUUGGUUUAAGAGAAGUGUGGUAUGAGGUUCCGUUGGUUUAAGAGAAGUGUGGUAUGAGGUUCCGUUGGUUUAAGAGAAGUGUGGUAUGAGGUUCCAUUGGUCUAAGAGAAGCUUGGAAUGAAAUGAUGAUAAGGGAAUGAAUGUAAGGAUAUAGGUAGAUAGGAGGAAAGGAGAGAAAGAUGAGGAAGAGAAUUGGAAUGACAUUAUGAUAAGGGAAUGAGUGUGAGGAUGUAGAUAGGAGGAAGGAAGAGAAAGAUAAGGAAGUGAAAAGAAGGGAAGCGAUGGUGUUAUGAGAGGAAUGCAAGAGGAAAACAAAAAAGAGAUGGAUGGAAUGAUUGGAUGAUAAAGGCAUGAUUGAAUGAGAGGAAAAAAGAUGGAAAGAAAAGGAUGAGAGGAAGGAAGAGGAAGGGAGGGGAAGGAAGUUAUUAUGAGAGGGGAGAGGAAGAGGAAAAGAAGGGAAAGGUGAAGCUUAUGUGAGUGUGGAGAAACUUUGAUGAAUAAAAAGAGGAAAAGGGAGAGAAAGAGAAAAAAAGAGGGGAAGGAUGUGAUGUUCUUAUGAGAGGGGAGAAGAAGAGGAAAAGAAGGGAGAGGUAAAGUAUGUGUUACGUGUGUGAGUGUGGAGAGACUUUGAUGAAUAAAAAGAAGAAAAGGAAGAGAAAGAGAAAAAAAGGAGAGACUUUGAUGAAUAAAAAGAAGAGGGAGAGAAAGAGAAAAAAGGGAAGCACGGAAUAAACAACGAAAACGGAGCUUACUUGUACAAUCUAAAGGUUUUCAUCACCACUAUCAUCACCAAAACCACCAUCACCACUACACCGUCACCACCAAACACCACUAUCACCACCACCACCACCACCACAAACACAUACACACACACAACCUCCCCCACCCCUUACAUACACAACCUCCCACACACAAACACCCCUUGCCACCCCCCCCCCCCCCCACACACAACACACAGGAUCGUCAGAAUCACACGCACAGCAACACAAACACACACGCAACAACGAAGGGUUAAAGAGGAAGAAGAGCACACCAUUAAGAGGACCAGCUUGUGUUGCUUUACCUGUCUGUCUGUGUGCUAAUUAAGAAACACAAACACAGGUGAGACGGAGGCAACACAGACCAAAGCAACACAACAACAAAAAAAAAGUGCCGAAAAUGAAGCGCGAGAGAAGAAGAAGAAAAAAAAAAAACUUACAUGAAAAUAAAAUAAGUAAAAUCCUAUAUAUGUAUAUCUAUAUUUUACUAUGUGUGUAUCUGUGUAUCUUGUAAACGUUCAUAUGUAGGUAUAGUAGUUUUUUUUUUGUAGUUACACACACUGACACACACACACACACAUACACACACACUGGAAAAACAAAACCACCACCCACCCACACACACACACACACACACACACACACACACACACACACACACUCACAAAACAACAACAACAACAACAACAACAAAAAAAAAACAGAUUAUGAACUAGUACUCUAUAGUGUUUUAAUUACUUAAGUCACAACUAUGAUGAUAAUGAAUAUAAUGAACGUGUUUUUUUGUGUGUUUUUUUUGGUUGGGUUUUGCGUAUAGUCACAGUUUUAUGAUGAGGAUGCUGCUGUGGUAGUUUGUUUGUUUGUUUGUUUGUUUGUUUGUUUGUUUGUUUGUUUGUUAGGCUUAAGAGAGUCACCAUUACUACUGUCACUAUCACCAUCACCAUUAGUACAAGUCUUACACCAUAGAAUGAAGGCGAACAACAACAACAACAACAACAACAACAACGACAACAACGAUGAUGAUGAUGAUAGCUACCCCCCCCCUCCUCAUCCAUCUCCUGUGAUAAAUAGUCUAAUAAUGAUGAUAUAAAUAAUGAUCAUGACUAUAUAAGUGAUAAUGAUGCAAAAUAAUGAUGCAAAAUAGUGUCCAGUUACCCCUUUCCCCAUUUCUUCUCCCCCAUUUCUUUCCUCUUUCCUUUCUUCCCCAUAUGAUUUCCCCUUUCCCAUCUCUUUUCCUAUAUCUUCUUUUCCCCUAUACUAUAUCUUUCCCCUUUCCCAUCUCUUUCCUCUUUCCUUUCUUCCCCAUAUCUUUCCCCUUUCCCAUCUCUUUCCUCUUUCCUUUCUUCCCCAUAUCUUUCCCCUUUCCCAUCUCUUUCCUCUUUCCUUUCUUCCCCAUAUCUUUCCCCUUUCCCCUUUUCUUCUUCUCUAUUUCUUUCCUCUUUACUUUCUUCCCCAUAUCUUUCCCCUUUCCCAACUCUUUUCCUAUAUCUUCUUUUCCCCUAUACCAUAUCUUUCCCCUUUCCCAUCUCUUCCCUCUUUCCUUUCUUCUCCAUAUCUUUCCCCUUUCCCCAUUUCUUCUUCCCCAUUUCUUUCCUCUUUCCUUUCUUCCCCAUAUGUUUCCCCUUUCCCAUCUCUUUCCCUAUUUCUCCUUUUCCUCUUUUUCCGAAUGUCUCCCUUUUCACUAUAUCUCUCCCUUUUUCUUUCUCCUCUUCUUCUUCCCUUCAUUCUUUCCCUUCUAUGUAUUUUCCUGUAUCCUCUUCCCUUCUUCUUCUUACCCCCCAAAAUAAUAAAAAUACAGAAUGAUAGAAAUAACAUCCAAAUUAACCAUUGCAGUAAAAUAAAUAAAUGAAUAAUAAAAAUAAUGAUAAUAAUAAUAAUAAUAAUAGUAAUAAUAAUAAAAAUCUACAUAAGACUCAUUUGGUUCGCCGGUGUGAAUGUGUGAAUGUGUGUGUGUGUGUGUGUGUGUGUGUGUGUGUGUGUGUGUGUGUGUGUGUGUGUGUGUGUGUGUGUGUGUGUUGUUUUUCCCCCACAAAAAAAACAUAUAAUAUCUAUGGUGUACACACGUUUUAAUAAUAAAUAUCUAAGUAUGGU